AAAUGAUUAUAGAAUAGAGAAACAAACCAAAAUCAUUCAAUUAAUUCUCAGAUUCAAUUGAACCAACUGAACCAACUAAUUAAUUUUAUAAGGAAAGAAGAAAAUCAGCCAUCUCGUUGUCUCUCUACAACUCCACCGCAGUCCCAUAAUCUCAUAAAUCUUGGGCUUUUCCUAGAUUGAGAAACUGAGAAUACCAAAAUUGUAAAAGCAAGAUUAUGCAUCUUAUUAAUGCCGUGGCGCUGGUUCAAGUGGCGAUUAGGAAUGGCGGUGGCGUAAACGGCGGCGUACUGGGGGCGGAAAUCGAAUUUGGAACGGUUUGGUGGUUUGUCUAUGCAGGGAUCUCAUGUGUUUUAGUGCUGUUUGCCGGAAUUAUGUCGGGAUUGACGUUGGGUCUCAUGUCCCUGGGCCUCGUCGAACUUGAGAUCCUCCAGCGCAGCGGCACGCCCUCGGAGAAAAAACAGGCUGCCACAAUACUUCCGGUGGUUCAGAAGCAGCACCAGCUUCUCGUGACAUUGCUUUUAUGUAAUGCUGCAUCAAUGGAGGCCCUUCCGAUAUACCUUGAUAAGCUUUUCAAUCAAUAUGUUGCCAUUAUACUAUCUGUGACUUUUGUUCUAGCAUUCGGAGAGGUUAUUCCUCAAGCAAUAUGUACUAGGUACGGACUUGCAGUAGGUGCAAAUUUUGUUUGGCUGGUCCGUAUUCUAAUGAUAAUUUGUUAUCCAAUUUCUUACCCUAUUGGCAAGAUUCUAGACUGGGCACUGGGACACAAUGAGGCACUGUUUAGACGAGCUCAGCUGAAGGCACUUGUCACCAUCCACAGCCAGGAGGCUGGUAAAGGAGGUGAGCUCACGCAUGACGAGACUACGAUUAUUAGUGGAGCACUAGAUUUGACUGAGAAGACUGCUGAGGAGGCCAUGACACCAAUUGAAUCAACAUUUUCAUUGGAUGUUAAUUCGAAGUUGGACUGGGAGGCAAUGGGAAAGAUUCUAGCUCGGGGCCACAGUCGAGUUCCUGUCUACUCUGGGAACCCGAAGAAUAUCAUUGGACUUUUACUGGUAAAGAGUCUUCUUACUGUGAGAGCAGAAACAGAGACCCCAGUUAGCGCUGUUUCUAUACGGAGAAUUCCUCGUGUUCCUGCAAAUAUGCCCCUAUAUGACAUACUGAACGAGUUUCAGAAAGGUAGCAGUCAUAUGGCAGCUGUUGUGAAGCCUAAAGGGAAAAAUAAAAUACCUCCAUCGAUUGAAGAGAAGUCGGAAGAGAAUGAAGUGACAAAUGGGAAUUCAGACUUAACUACUCCAUUGCUAUUGAAGCAAGAAGAGAAGGCAGCAAGUGUUAUUGUUGACAUUGAAAGGUUUCCAAGGCCAGCCUCUAAAAACUUAACCUAUAAUGAUACAGUUACUAAGGGAUUGUCCCCUUCAUCCGAUGAUACUGAAGAUGGUGAAGUUAUUGGCAUUAUCACCUUGGAAGACGUAUUUGAAGAACUUUUGCAGGAGGAAAUUGUUGAUGAGACAGACGAAUUCGUCGAUGUACACAAAAGAAUACGUGUGGCAGCAGCUGCAGCUGCUUCAUCAGUUGCGCGUGCCCCAUCAAGUCGUAGGUUAACUGGCCAUAAGGGAGCUGGAGGCCAAAAUAAGCAAGGGCAGACUCCCAAGAAGUCGGGCGAGGAUGACUCGACCUCUGCAAGAUUGCAAAGGAACCUUGGUGAGCCACUUCCUGGUAACAAAAGAUAAAUUGGGCUUCAAUUGUUUGAGCGGAACACCCUGCUCUUGAUGGAGAUUAUUGUAAUUGUGGUGGAGAAUGAAAGACUAGAAGUUGUUGCAAUAGUAUGAUAUACCUUUGAGAGUUCAUAUUGUUCUCUGUGUUGACGCAAAAUUUUUGCAAUAUAAAUAAAUGAAAGCCAAGUUAUUAAUAUUACAUU